GACGCUUCAAUCAGACACCACUAAUAUGUCAGCUUCAUGGUUGGGAAAGUAGCAGACAAUUUACAUUCCUAUAAAGUAAUUUGAAAUGAAAUAUUCGGCCAACUGUGUGCUGGGAUAUAUCCUUUGGGCCAUCAACAAUGCUACUUUCGCAGACUAUAUGGAAACGGUUGUCAAAUUUGAUAAUAUCCGAUUUGAGGGGGACAUCAUUCAAAGUUUUCCUGCGAAUGAUGUGUUAGACUGUUCCCUCCGGUGUACAGUCCGAGCAGAAUGUCUGUCCAUCCAACACCACAGGUCAACUGGUCACUGUCGACUGUUUAAGUCUGUUUUCUUCACGACUAAUGGAUCGUCUUAUGAAGACGGGUGGAGAUACUUCCAAAAGACCGGAGGUAAAUGUCCUACGCAUUUUACAUAUUCUGGAAUCGAUGGACUCUGUUUUCACGAUGGCGGCAAGUUAUCACGACCUGGCGGGAUAGACUACUGUGAAAAAGUAGGCGCUGGUCUGAUUCCUGUUACCACGGAGCGGAUAGAAUUGUUUCUUGAGAAUCUUUUAGAAAAGAAAAGUCAUUCCUACGCCGGAGUUACGUCUGCGUAUAUCCAAGGGAAAUGGAACUCGACACACUGGGUGGAUGAUAAAGGUCAUGAACUCAGCUAUACAAAUUGGGAUCCUCGGGAUAAUGGCAUCCCCCCUAACUCUAAAAUGUGUAAUAUCAAAAUCAGGCGAAGUGGCACUGGGUAUGUUUGGGAACCCGCCGGUGCUGGGCGCCGCUUCAUCAGAAAUGUGAUAUGUGGAAUGAUAAUCUGAAGUAUGUGGAGCAUAUGAAGCGUAAUAAAUUGAAAACAAUCUGCUUCUUAGAGUGGGUCUAAAUUUUGACACAAGCACGAACUCACUGCAAAAAUAUUUGCGGUUAGUGCAUCGAGUCUCCUAAGAGAAUCACAGCUCAGUAGUCAGCAGGCAU